ACCAGCCGCUUACCCGCAUCAUCCCGCAGCUCCACACUGCGCGAGUCCGCUGACAGCUUCACAAGCACCAAGCACACCCACACGAGUGCAAGGAUGGCACAUACAACGGACACCAGCAGUUUCCCAGGGAUGAUCAGGCGAAAACGGGACGGUGAUCAGCUGAGCACAGAGGAGAUCUGCGCCUUUAUAGGAGGAGUCAAAUCGCACACCAUUCAGGAAAGUCAAAUAGGUGCAAUGCUUAUGGCCAUAUGGCAGAAGAGCAUGGUUCCUGAGGAAACCAUGAUACUGACAAAGGAGAUGAUGAUGUCGGGGGAAGUUUUUCACUGGCCUGAGGAAUGGGAGGGGCUUAUAGUGGAUAAACACUCAACGGGUGGGGUCGGGGACAAGGUCAGCCUUCCACUGGCCCCUGCAUUGGCUGCUUGUGGGUGCAAGGUCCCUAUGAUAAGUGGACGUGGACUGGCACACACUGGAGGCACACUGGACAAACUGGAGUCCAUCCCAGGAUUCAGAAUCAACCUGUCAGUAGAACAGGCGAAGCAGAUACUGCAGGACGUAGGCUGUUGCAUUAUGGGUCAGACAGAGACGCUGGUACCCGCAGAUCGUGUCCUCUAUGCUAUCAGGGACAUCACUGCUACCGUGGACAGUGUCCCACUUAUCACAGCAUCAAUAAUGUCAAAGAAGGCAGCUGAAGGUCUAAGUGCACUUGUAUUAGAUGUGAAGUUUGGAAAGGCUGCUCUCUACAAAGACCUGAACAGUGCUCGAAGCCUUGCCCAGUCACUUGUUACAGUGGGAAACAGUUUGGGAAUAAAAACAGGGGCGGUGUUGAGCCGGAUGGACGCUCCUAUUGGCCGAUGUGUGGGACAUACUCUCGAGGUAUAUGAAGCUUUGGAAUGCCUCAAAGGUCGUGGCCCUGAUGACCUGAAGAACCUGGUUACAGCACUGGGUGGCUACCUGCUGCAAAUGAGCGGCCAAUCAGCUACUCAGGAAGCUGGGCAGAAGGCGAUCAGUGAGGUCCUGAUGAAUGGGAUGGCCUUGCAAAAGUUCCAGGCCAUGCUGGAGGCCCAAGGGGUGUCUGCGUGUAUAAGCCAAGCCCUCUGCUCAGAAAAGGCUGAAUAUUUUAAGUAUCUAAAACCUGCACAGUACAAGACAGAGCUUAAGGCAACGGAUGAUGGCACGGUUUUGGAGAUAGAUGGUAUGGCCAUAGCCAUGCUGUUGCACAAGUUAGGAGCAGGCCGUAACAAAGCUGGCGAGCCGAUCAACCACAGCGUGGGAGCAGAACUCCUGGUUGACCCGGGACAACAGAUAAAGAAAGGUCAGUCUUGGAUCAGAAUCCAUCAUGACUGUGUAAAUUUGAGCCCAAUGCAGCAAGCUGAACUGCAGGGGACUUUGGUCAUUGGCAGUGGAGAUGAUUACCGGGACCGUGCUCGUGUAGCAGAGUUCAUCCUACCAAACUGA